GAGGAGACAGUCCCAUCCCUUCUCUUAGUCUGCUCAGUGUCUGACUCUCAACAUUAUUUCACUCCAUAUCUGGAACUCAUUUCCACCUAAAGGGUUUUCAUGCUGGGACAAACAGGACAGGAGGCAGUGGACUAACAGUGGCCCUGGCAGUAAAAUGGUUCCAGUUAAACUCCUCAUUCUGGGAGCUCAGAACACUGGAAAAACCGCGCUGUGCGUCCGUUUCAUAACAAAACGCUUCAUUGGCGAAUACGACCAUAAAAAAGAGGUGACCUACAGAUGUAGUCGGGUGGUGGACCAGGAAGCUGUGGACAUGGAGAUUUUGGACAUAGCUUGUAAGGAGAGCACUGUGGCAUCUCUGGAGUCAUCUAUCCGCUGGGCUGAUGGUUUCCUGCUGCUCUACUCUAUCACACAGCGGCUCAGUUUCCUGGAGGUCCCGCGACUCAAGAAUCUCAUCGACCAAACCAAACAGAGCCUGGUGUCUAAAAGACGUAUGAGACAGAAUGUACAGAGAGUCACUGUUGAGGUGAUGAGCCAGCAGUUUGAUCUCCAGAGGAACUGUGUGUUCACUAUGUUCACUGUGCUGGUGUUGGAUCAUCAGCGGCCUCUGCCUGACCGGCGCUCCUACAUGCUCACGGUUCGCCACGCUCUGACCAGGAAACUGACGCGAUCCAAGACCAUGCAGUGGUGACACAGCAGACAAACGCUUCACCAGCUACAGUCACAGAGGGACAUUUGAUAAAACACUGCUGAUUUCAUGAUAUCAACUCUGUAGCACUGAAACAAAAAGAUGUUUGGUCGUUGUCUUGUUUAAGCUUCGACCUUUCUGGAUUCAGGGAUUGUGGGUCUACUACAUACGAUUUAAAGCUGAUGAGUUCAAGAUAUUAAACUUUAAGCUAAACUGGUCGAACAUACAGUUUAUGAUAUUGCUGCACAAUUUCAGUGCAUUCAUCUGGAAAAGAGGCAGAAGCAGGAUGAAUACAAUGAGGUUCUUAGGCCAGGCAAAGACAUUUUAUUUAUAAAGCAUCUAAAAACAUUGCAGAGACAAAAUUAAAAUUUAAAAUCAAAAAGCACAAUUAAAAAAAAGAAAGAGGUUAAUUAGGUAAACUAAA